UUAUAUCACACCAAAGUGCACAAGCUAACCUAAGCUCUCUCUCAGCAGUAUACGCUGACAAUGGCAAGAUUCGCUGCAGCUACCGUCCUCGUUUGUGCAGCAUUGCUCUUGUGUGUUGAGCAAAGUGCAGGAAGCUUGGCCUCUGCCGAUCCACUCUCCACCUUGUUUCCUGCAAAUUCCCGGCCUCCGCCAGUGAUGAUAUAUUGCAAGCAGAACACCGAGCUGAAUGUGGCCGUUGGCGACGAUGGCAAAGUUGUUCUGGCCGUCGCCAAAUUCGGCGAAUUCAAACAGCUAUGGUGGAAGCUCCCCUUGCCGGCCUUGGUCCAUGGGGAGGGCCACAAGUUUUGGCUGGUGAACGUCGCCACGGAACAGGCCAUCGCGACCCCAACAGACGACAACAAAAGGGAGGUGAAAAUGGCUCCAUUCAACCCUUGGGACAAGGCGCAGCUAUGGGUGCCGGACACGCCAGAUGCCGACGGCUUUUAUCAAAUCAAGGUGUCCGCAGACGAAUCGAAGGCUCUCAACGGCCUGGGGGGGAGUGUGCAUAAAGGGACGGUCGUCGGGAUCUAUCCUGGUAAUCCAGUAUCUGCUAACACCCUGUGGAACCUUACCAGCAUCUGGCCCUUCCCAUUCCACUACUUCCCUUGAUGAAUCCAUGCGCAGGACUCAGGGAGUUGAGGCUAGCCGUUGUGCUCGCGUUUGCUGAAGAAUAAAGAGUCCCUUAUUUCCUCUACUUUUCGAAAUGCUUCAUCAAUAGUGUCCUCGUCACAUGUUUCCACAACAAGUCAAUAAACACAUCUGUGCACUGGCGUUGUUGUUAUCAUUUUUUCCUUAAUUAAUUUUGAGAAAUUCCCUGUUUCGAUUUUGCUGAAUUGCAUGCACGCAAGCACUGUAAUUCAAUCUCUGACCUUAAGUAUUGUUUCGUUC